AUGGGGUCAUAUCUUUUCCAAUGGCUCUCGCCCGCGACCGAGGUGUUCGUCACCGGCACGUUUGAUGAUUGGGGGAAGACGGUGAAAUUGGAUCGGGUGGGAGACGGCUUCGCAAAGGAAGUGCCUUUGCCCUUUGUGGUGGACGGUAUUUGGACCACCGACAGCCGCGUGCGCCAGGAAAGUGACGGACAUAACAACAUCAACAACGUGCUGUUGCCCGAAGACAUCCAACCCCAAAACACCGAGGAAACUUCGACCCAAGCCCUCCCCUCCUCCACUGCCACCGACGCGACCACCACCAGUAUCCCCAACGCCGACAAUCCUACGAUAGCGAAAACCAUGUCCGGUGUGACCCCGGAUUCUACCACCGCCGCCCUGGCGGCCAACGUUCCCAAGGAGCAUCCGAAUGGGAACCUGCCCGGCACCUUCCCGGAUACCCCAGGACAGGAGUCUGAACCUACGCUCUCUGUGAAUCCCAUCCCGGCUUCAGGAGGCUACGGCAACCCGAUCAAGUUGAACCCUGGUGAGAAAGUCCCGGACCCGAGUUCGAUCCAUGGCAACACCAUCGAGUCGACUGUGAAACUGGACAAGGAGUCAUAUGAAAAGGGUGACAGCGUGCCGCUAGGCAGCGCUGGCACCCAGAGUGAUACUGCGGGCUCCAGUGCAUUUACGGUGCCCCCUGUCACCAAGAAUCUCAUCCCCGAAUCCAGCCUCCCCAUGGGUGGCCCCGCACAGCGUGCAGCUCAGGUCGAUCAAGAACCCACCCACGCUGGCGGCCCCGCCCAGCAAGCUGCUCUGGCUGAUCCCGGCUACACUAUUCAGUCCGCCGCACCCACUUCAACCACCGCGGACCUUGCGGCCAAGGUGCCGCUGGAGAAGGAUAUCAAGCAGCCCAAUGGCACUGAGCCUGCCAAGGAUGUUCCGCAGAUUGUAAAGGAAUCGAUUGCUGAGGCCGAUUCGGCCCCCGAGGCAGCGGCUAACACAGAGGCUGUGGAGGAAAAGAAGGAGAUGGAGAAUGAAUUACAAAAGAAGGUCAAUGUGGAUGACUCGGCCGGCACUCCGGCCCCGACUACCACCGCCGCCACCCAGGCCGUCGCCCCCGGAUUGACGGUCCCUGCCGUCGACUCCACCGAUGUCUCCCCCACCUCAACUCCUCCCCCGGGCCAUGCCGCGCCCACUUCUGCCGCACCCACCUCGCAGCCCACUGGACCGACUGUGACCAGCGGCAUCAGCACUGAACCAACCCCUGAGGUAUCCACUGCUAAGCCAGUCGAGCCAGCCCAGCAGUCCGCCAACACCACCGGUGCUGGUGAUGCCCAUGUCAAAGAAGAGAAAAAGAAGAAGCGUCUGAGCGGGUUCUUCAGCAAGCUCAAGGAGAAGCUUAAAUAG